UACCGCGCGCGCGCACACAAAAAAAAAAAAAAAAAAAAAAAAACUCUAAAUUCCCUCAUGUUUUUGGUUUCAGAUUAAAGAAAUCCUUUUCUUUAAAUCGUUGUUAAGAAAUUUUCCCGGAAAAUUAGUUUUCGAAGGAAAGUGAGAAAAAAAGAAAAAAAAAAAAAUGCAUUCUUUGAGUCUCAGAAUUUUUACCGGUUUCAACAAUUCGGCGGCGGCAGAUAAGAGAGGCGUGAACGGGGCAGCGGAUUCGGAGUUCGGGUCGAGGAGAAGAGUCGGGUUUGGUUUGAGGGAUUUGAGUGGCAAGGAUUGUAGAAUUGUGGUAGCUUGUGCUUCGGGGAGGAAUAGUAAUGGUGGAGGUAGAAGUCAGAGUUCGAGUUCCACUCCGAGCCAGAAUCCGAGUUCGUUUCUGACUCGGAGCCAAACCUAUGCUUUGUUGAAGCAGCAAAUGGAGGUCGCCGCGAAAUCUGAGGACUAUGAAGAGGCUGCGAGGAUAAGGGACUCGUUGAAAUUAUUCGAAGAGGAAGAACCGGUUUUGCGGCUACGUAGGUUGAUGAAGGAGGCAAUUGCUGAUGAGAGGUUUAAGGAUGCGGCAAAGUAUCGUGAUGAACUACAGGAAAUUGCACCCAAUUCUCUCUUGAAAUGCUCUAGUGAUGCAACAACCUUGGGGAUCAGGGUUCAAGUAAGGAGUGUGUACAUAGAGGGACGAAGUCAGCCUUCAAAGGGACAAUACUUUUUUGCUUAUAGAAUAAGAAUUAGCAAUGAUUCGGACCGUCCUGUUCAACUUCUUAGGAGGCAUUGGAUUAUUACUGAUGCCAAUGGAAAAAGUGAGAAUGUUUGGGGAGUUGGUGUUAUUGGUGAACAGCCAGUUCUACUUCCUAGGACUAGUUUUGAAUACUCAUCGGCAUGCCCAUUAAGCACUCCAAAUGGUAGAAUGGAAGGUGACUUUGAGAUGAAGCACAUCGAUAAGGUAGGUUCACAAUCUUUUCAUGUAGCUAUUGCUCCAUUUUCUUUAUCUAUACUAGGAGAUGACAGCAUUAAUCUUGAGAAGUGAAAGGAAUCAUUUCCUUUAGAAAGCGUGAGGAAUCUCAUCCAUAGCAUCUAUUGAAGGAAAAAAAUAAAAUUUGCUUGUAGAAUUAAUUAGUUGUUCAUGUCAAAUUGUUUGUUGAAAAUAGAAAAAUAGUUCUGAUUCUGUAUGUGGCAAACUCAAUAGAUUGGUCAAUAUGUAAAGGUGAAUAUUGUAUAGCUUUCUUGAAAGUUUUGAAUGAAUUCUAUUCGUAUGUUUGAAGUGGUGAAUAA